AUGUCUGACGAACAUGACUCGUUUACCAGCGAUGAAACUUCAACUCAUUCAAAUAGGUCUUCUUUAGACUCGGAAGCUCCAUUAAUAGGUGACGAAGAACGUCUUAUUAAUGACUUGCAAAAUACUGACAGACGAAAUGCUGAAGGGUCAAGUUUUGGUGCAUAUAUAAAUGUCACUUGUUUGGUAGCAGGAACGGGGGUUUUGGGUUUACCCGAUGCUCUUAACAAAGGCGGCUGGCUCGCUUUAGGACUUAUUGUAAUGUCAAUGAUAAUAACUCUGUACACUAGUAUCAUAACCAUCAAAUGUCUUUAUUAUAAUGGUAAAUCACGACUGUCAUCUUAUGGCGAGAUAGGACAACAUGCUUUUGGAACUUUUGGAAAAUAUUUAGUUGAAAUUUUUCAUCAUAUAAUUCUUAUUGGUGUGAGCGUAUUAUAUUUCAUCCUCGCUGCAGAGAAUUUUAAUGAAUUGGCGCAGUAUUAUUUUGAAACCGAUUGGGGAAUUACAGUUUGGACGUGUAUUUGUGCUACUUUGAUUGGAUUUCCAUUCAUUUUCACAAAAACAUUAAAAGAAGUCGUGAUAUUAAGCAUUUUUGGCACAUUCUCCACAUUGUUUUGUGUUAUCGCAAUCGUGGUACUUUCCUUUAUGGAUUGGUCAAAUAUGCGCAGUGCUCCAACCCCACCUUCUCACAAGAUAUUUGACUUAUCCGAAUUUCCAAUUGCUCUUGCUACAAUUACAUUCUCCUAUGGAGGUAAUAACGUUUUCCCGCACAUUGAAAGAAGUAUGCGAAAGCCACGCCAUUGGAAUAGAGUUAUUACAGCAGCUAUGUGUACAUGUGCCGUCAUGUAUUCUCUUGUUGCAUUCUCAGGAUAUUUGGUCUACGGAGAUAAAACAAAAAAUCCUAUUUUAGAGGUUUUACCUGAAGGAUUGCUGUUAACAUUUGCGUCCCUAUUCAUUACAAUUCACGUGCUUCUUACAAUACCUAUACUUAUGACAUCUUUUGCAAUUGAGACAGAGAAUCACUUAUACAUCACACGCGAUCACUCCAGAGUAGUUGAAUUUUUAUUACGCGCCGCAUAUCGCACACUCUUGAUUAUCAUAACCGUUGGAAUCGCUAUAACCAUACCUUUCUUCGAUGAUAUCAUGUCUUUAUUAGGCGCAUUGGCAAAUUGUCUUCUCGUAUUUGUAUUACCCGUGUUAUUUUACCUAAAACUAUUUGGCUGGGAGAGGAUGUCGUUGCUGAAGUUGACAUGGAACGCAUUCGUAAUAUUCGUAGGGUUGGUUGGUUGUGUGAUUGGCAGUAUUAAAGCAACAAAUCGGUUAAUUGAGGAUUUCCGUAAUGUAGAUCAAUAA